CCACCGCUUCGCUGUCUCUCACUCCCCGGCCCCGGCUCUGCAAAUCAAGAACCGGAUAUCGAUGCCGACAACCCCAAGAAAAAAUAUCCAUCUCCUUCGCUUCUCCGACCUGUUCUUCCAUCUUGGAAUCGUGGGUCGCCGCUAGAUUUCGACGACCGCGGCGAAGAGCGCGAGCUUCGGGGGGACAUGGGCAAGCGCGGGUACUUGAGAAUGCGGACGGACCGGGAAGCCAGCGACCAGAUCGGGUCCGAUCUGAAGGAGCUCGGCGCCGCCGCGAGGAAGCUGGCGGGCCACGCGAUCAAGCUGGGCAGCCUCGGGUUCGGGACCACGUUUCUUGAAUGGGUGGCCUCGUUUGCUGCGAUUUAUUUGUUGGUCCUGGAUCGAACAAAUUGGAGAACGAACAUUCUCACAGGACUGUUGAUCCCAUACAUAUUCUUUAGUCUUCCUUCGUUACUGUUCAACGUAUUCAGGGGAGAAGUAGGAGAGUGGAUUGCCUUCAUUGCUGUUAUACUGCGACUGUUUUUUCCUCGGCAUUUCCCAAAUUGGCUGGAAAUGCCAGCUGCUCUGAUUCUAUUGCUAGUGGUGGCUCCGAGCUUGUUCGCUAGCACCUUUAGAGACAGCUGGGUUGGAGUGGUGAUAUGUCUUGUGAUUGCGUGUUAUCUUCUACAAGAGCACAUCCGAGCAUCUGGUGGCUUUAGAAACUCCUUUACACAGCCACACGGCAUUUCGAACACCAUCGGAAUACUCAUCCUGCUGGUUUUCCCCGUGUGGGGGUUGGUGGUAUAUUUUCUAUAGCCAGUUUCCAGCAGGCCGGCAUCGUCCUGGCAGUGUUGUGAUUCCAUAUUUGCUUCUUUCAUUGUUUGAGAAGAUAUUGAUUCAUGCAGACUUGUCAUUGUUGCUUAGUACUCCAAUAAUUGAAACAUCCUUAUAUAAGAGUGAGAAAGAUUGAGCGAAUUCAAACUAUUUUUCGGAUCUUGGUGUUGCUUUUGCUGUGAGAACUUGGUCUGCAAACAAUUAUACUUGCUCACUAAUGUGAGGAUGGAAACUUUUCUCCUUGAAAGUUCCUCAUCUUGUAGGUAACUGGUGCUUCCAUAUUGUAA